AUGAGUGCCCAAAUAGAACUCGCAAAUGCGCCGUCCGACGCCAUUUCAGCUGUCCGCUUUGCUCCCCAAUCACCGAACCGUCUGCUGGUCGCCUCGUGGGAUCGCAAUGUCUAUCUGUACGACACAAAGAGCGGAGAACAGGGCAGCUUGUUGCAGAAGAUAGAACACCGCGCUCCCGUCCUGGACAUUUGCUUUGGCGACGACGACUCGACUGCCUUCAGCGCUGGCCUCGACUGGGACGUCAACAGGAUCAAUCUGGAAACUGGCGAGAAAACUGUCGUAUCAUCACACCAGGCCGGUGUCAAGUCCAUUGUCUACUCGGAUAAGCACCACCUGCUCAUUUCGGCCUCAUGGGACAGCACCCUCCACGUCCACAUACUCAACGACGGCAACAUCGCCCAUGCUCCCUCGACCAUUCCCCUGCCAUCCAAGCCCUUCUCCAUUUCACUGACCCCUACAAAACUCGUUGUCGCCAUGGCUUCGCGCCAAAUCUUCAUAUACGAUCUGGCCGCUCUCAAGAUGCUUACCUCGCAAUCCGCUCCUUCUCAAGAAUCCGGAAACCAGAGCAUUCUUGAAGUCCAACCAUGGCAGCAGCGCGAGAGCAGUCUCAAAUUCAUGACGCGCGCUGUCUGCUGUAUGCCUAACGACCAGGGCUACGCACUUUCUUCAAUCGAGGGCCGUGUCGGUGUUGAGUGGUUCGAUCCUUCGGCCGAGUCCCAAAGCCGCAAGUACGCUUUCAAGUGUCACAGACAGGCCGACGAUGGCGUUGAUGUUGUCUAUCCCGUCAACGCUCUAGCCUUCCACCCUGUACACCAAGGGACAUUCGUCAGUGGAGGUGGUGAUGGCUUUGUCGUACUAUGGGAUGGCGUAACCAAGCGCAGAAUCAGGCAGUACCAGGCAUACCCUUCCAGUGUUUCGAGUGUCUCAUGGAGUUCUGACGGCAGAUACCUGGCCAUCGCCAUCAGUCCUGGCUUCGAAGAUGGAAAGGAGGUUAUUUCGGAGGGUCAGGUCAAGCUGUUCAUCAGAGAACUCGCAGACGGAGAAGUAAAGGGCAAGAGUGCCAAAUAG